AUGGUAAAAGAUUUAUAUUCUAGCAAUCAUUGGAAUAUUGUGAAACUGAGAAGGAUUCUACCACAGAAUAUCAUUAAUUCUAUUAUUUCUAUUGAGUUUAACCUUGCUAGGAAAGAUAUUCCGAUCUGGACUUCUGAUCCGUCGGGGAAAUUCAUUAGCAAAUCUGCUUGGCAUAUUGUUCGAAGGAGAAAAGGUACUACUUUGGCUAGUUCCAAAAUUUGGCACAAGAAAAUGCCUUUUAUGAUUUGCUUUUUCAUGUGGAGAGCUCUUCAAAACAAGAUCCCAUCUGAUGAUGCUGUGAAGAGAUUUGGAAUUUACCUUCCCUCCAUUUGCAAUUGUUGUCCUAUUCAUAAAAUAGAAACUUCUCAACACCUGCUCAGUGAAAGCAAAAUUGCUACACAAUGCUUACCAGUUGCUAUUUGUGGGGAGAUUUGGAAAAACAGGUGCAGGGCCAGAUUUGAAGACAAGAAGAUGUCAACCUGGUUCAUCAUACAGCAAAUAAAUAAGCUCAUAUCUCUAGUUCUAAAGGCUCAAUUCCCAGACGUACAUAUGCCCAGCUCUUGGUUAGACAAGUGCAACAAAAUGGAGAAUCUCAGGCCUAUCACUCAUUCUCUAGCAGUAUACUGGCAUAAACCGAGCCCUAACUGGAUCAAACUCAAUGUGGAUGGUUGUAGCAAAGGCAAUCCAGGAUCAGCAGGAGGAGGCGGAAUCAUCAGAGAUCACACAGGCAAAAUGAUCAAGGCAUUUGUAGAAUUCUAUGGCCAAUGCAGCAACAAUGUGGCGGAAGCAAAUGCAAUUUGGAAAGGAGUUAACAUCUGCAAAGAUUUUGGACUGCCCAGAGUAGUGGUGGAAUCUGACUCUCUACUAAUUAUUAAUAUACUCAAUGGGAGAUUAAAACUUCCAUGGAAAAUCAGAGAGAUCAUGAGUAAGAUUAUGAGAGACACUAGCCAUGGUGAAUUUGUCUUUAUUCAUAUUUAUAGAGAAGGGAACUCAACUGCGGACAUGUUUGCCAAUUGGGGAGAAGAUUCAAAAAUCUCUUUUAUCUUCACUGAAGCUACUUCCCUACCUUCCAAGGUUAGAGCUUCAAUGCAGCUAGAACUUGAUGGAUUUCCAAAUUUCAGAUUCAGAAGCAAAAGAAACCAAUUCGCUAUUGAUGAUAGUUGA